GCGAGACACAAUGACAGCUUCAGCUCAAUCAUUUCCCUCAGAGCUGUCCCUGAUCCUAGGCGCCUCUUUUCGCCCGUCUUGAUUGAAGCAUUCACGAAAGGUCUAUUGCUUGUAAGGCUGCAUUUUUUGUUCUUCUUUUUGCGUAUAAAGUAAGUUGCGCUGAUGUCAUAAAGAGUCGCAUUCUUUCCGCUCCGGCUUUGGUGGGGUCAAGAGUCACACUCGUCAUCCUCAUUUUUUUCAUCUUCUUCUUUGCAUCUAGAGUCGCAUCACCAUGUCCUCUCAAGCUGCCCCAAAGACCUGCAAGGUCAUCACGGCCGAAACAAUCGCAAAAAAGCUGCUGCUCGAGGUCAAGGAAACCCUGGCCAAGAUCCAGGAGACUGGUAGCAGUGCCCCGACCCUGGUAGCAUUCCUUGCAAACGAGGACCCUGCCGCUAUCAAAUAUGCUGAGUGGUCCAAGAAGACUUGCGAGGAAAAUGGGUUCAACUUUGAGCUGCGCAUCGUCGACAAGGAUCUCCUCGAAGAGGACAUUAUGAAGGCCAACGAGGAUGAUGCCGUCGACGGAAUCAUUGUCUACUAUCCAAUCUUCCCCAAGAACCCCACUCACGACAAGUACGUCCAGGAGACGGUUGACCUUUCCAAGGAUGUCGAGGGAUUGCGCCACAGCUACCUGCACAACAUGUACCACAACAUUCGCUUCCUGGACGCUCCCGAGAACAAGAAGAAGUCUAUUCUGCCCUGCACACCGCUGGCCGUGGUCAAGAUUCUCGAGCACCUCCAGAUCUACAACCCCAUCCUCGCUUACGGCAACCGCCUGUUUGGCAAGACUAUUACCGUCAUCAACCGAUCCGAGGUGAAUGGCCGCCCCCUUGCGGCUCUGCUGGCCAAUGAUGGUGCUACGGUCUAUUCCGUAGACAUUACUGGCGUCCAGCUCUUCACUCGAGGCCAAGGCAUCAAGAAGCCUCGCCACCAGGUAGAGGAGAAGGAGGGCUGGGGUCUGGAGCAGUGCCUACCAUUGAGCGACGUCAUCAUUGGAGGAGUGCCCGCCGAGUCAUACAAGGUGCCGACAGAACUCAUCAGAGACGGUGCAGUGUGCAUCAACUUUUCCUCUUUCAAGAACUUUGAUGGAGACGCCGUCAAGGAGAAGGCAUCCAUCUAUGUGCCAUCCGUCGGAAAGGUCACAAUUGCCAUUCUGCUAAGAAAUCUUGUGCGUCUGGUUGCGAACCGUCCCUCCAAGGAGACGUUGGAUAAGAGCACCAUCCAGGCCCGAACCGAAGCCUUUGCCGACGAUUGAUUUGAUUCGGCGGAUCCAAGACAAUAGUCCUUAAA